AUGGCGACACCGGGAGCAUGGCUCGCCACUGAGAUGCCCAAGGAGUGUCUGGGCGACUUCGACAAGAUUCAGUGGGUCCAAGACAUCGUCAAUGACCCCGAGUGCAAGGAGAUUCCGUUCCAAUCCAGGACCAUCACCAGAAAUUCCACCCUGCACUCGCUGUUCAAUCGAACUCUCGCUACACUGGAUACCCUUCGUGCUUGCCAGUCUUUUUUGCGACUGAGACCUGUCAAGGAAAACGAGAAUCCUGACACCGACGAUGGUAAGAAGAAAGAAGCGCUCUUGGUGGCAAGUAUGGGUCACGGCUUGGAUGGUCAUCCUGGACUGGCACACGGCGGUACCAUCGCUACACUUUUCGACGAAGGACUAUCUCUUGGAGCACUGCAAGUUCUCGAUAAAGCUUUCAUGACAGCACAUUCGUUCAUCAAGUACAAGGCUGCUGUUCCGACGCCGAGUGUGGUGCUGCUCCGAUGCUAUUGCGAGAAGUGGGAGGGCAGGAAAGCCUGGAUCAAGGGAACAAUGGAGGAUGGCGAGGGAAAGAUUUACGCCGAGGCCGAGAGUUUGUUCAUCAUCGCCAAAACCAAGUUGUAA